AUGCUUUCAUCUCUUAAGAGCACUGAGGAAGGAGUUGCAGCGGCGACGAAAACUGAUGCGGCCAGCAGAGAUGAUGAAUUAGUUGAGGAGGAACAAGGCGAUACUGAGAAUGAAGCUUUGUUACAGACUUAUGAACCAACCCUUUGUACACAUGCAGCAUCCCGAGUGAUGGCAUACGACUGCUACGUGUGCUCGGACCUGGAUGGCUGGUCAACGAAUCGGAUCGUCAACACAGGUGGCCAUACCAACAACAACAACAAGAAUGAGGCCAGCUCAACUGGGCCAGCAGCCCCAGGAGCUCGGGCCACCAACGAGGACCCGUGCAAGCAGUUCGACGACAACGACGAGAGCCUCGUGGGCAGCAACAUCACCUACUAUGGCCGUCUGCAGGGUGUGCAGGCCGACGAGAGCUGCAUUGUGCUCUUUGACAACAAAGGUAAAAUCUUGGAGAGGCAAGUGGAAAAGAACCAAGUGCUGGAGGAGAACAUGUUCGGCACUUCCAGAAGGGGCUGCUACGACAAAGUGAAGCACUACAACCAAGAUGGACGAGAGUUCCAGGGCUGCAUCUGCAAGAGCGAAAAGUGCAACGCCAACGGGGCCCAGGCCCUGUCAUCCUUGCUACAGCUGGUGUUGCCUGAUGCUCGUCAGUACCCGGCUGCAGCAACAGCACCCAUCAACCAACGGGGCCCAGGCCCUGUCAUCCUUGCUACAGCUGGUGUUGCCUGA